AUGGUCUCACGACGCUGGUUUCCCACGCCCCGGGAGCAGCUGGUGUUCGUGGUCAUUACCGUCGUCCUUGCCCUCUCGCUCUGGACAUCGCAUCGCAUUCAUUGGAAGACCCGGCUUGGGACCGGAGGAUGGUCCCUAACCAGUCGAAGACAUGCGACGUCUGACGUGUUCAACUCGACGCUGGGGUUCGAACGAGUAUUUGCAAUCGGCCUUCCGGAACGAUCAGAUAAGCGCGAUGCCCUGACCUUAAUGGCCGCUCUCACAGGCUUCAAGUUGUCUUGGAUCAACGGCGUGGCUGGCGAAAGCGUCCCUAACAAAGCUCUCCCCUUCGGAUGGGACCGCCCAGCAAUGCCCGAAACCAACCUCGGCUCCUGGCGCGGCCACAUCAACGCCAUGCGGCACAUCGUCGCCUCAGGCCUCACAUCCGCGCUCGUCAUGGAAGAUGACAUGGACUGGGACACGCACCUCAAGUCCCAACUCUCCGACUUCGCCUCUGCCGCAACAAGUCUACAAGAGGGUUUCUACCACAACCAGUCGCUCGCCUCGCCCAGCCCCUACGGCCAGCACUGGGACAUGCUCUGGAUCGGGUCCUGCGCAACGACCUUCGACGAGCACCUGCCACUGGACCUGCAGCUCCCCGAGGACCAGCAGGACAGUCGCAAGAUGCUGAUCGCCAACGACGUCACCGUGCCCCCCGGCACCCACAUCACCGGCAACGCGUCCUUCAGCUGGACCGAGUACGCGCCGCAGACGCGGAUCGUAUACGUGCCGGGUGACAACAUCUGCAGUUUCGCCUACGCGCUCAGUGCUGCGGGCGCGCGAAAGGCGCUGCAAUAUAUGGGGCUAGAGGGCCAGCACAAGGCGUUCGACAACCACCUGAGCGACCUGUGUCGGCUUCGCGUGAACGGGAUGCGCUGUGUGAGUGUCGUGCCGAGUCUGUUCGUGCAUCAUCGGCCGCGGGGGCGUGUCAGUCGGGACUCUGAUAUCAGUGGUGGUGAUGGCUCGAAGGAUGAUGUGAGGGAGGUUGGGUUUACGGAGAACGUGCUGUAUAGCACGCGGCUGAACUUGCAGAAUCUGGUCAGGGGCAUGGAGCCCGAGAGGCAGUGGGAGGAUUAG